UUAAUUUCCUACAGCAGAAACCUCAAUGCCCAACUUGUUCCACACAAAAGUUUCUAGCUUCCAUUGAUUUCACAGAUUCACAAAUCUGAAAAGAAAGUCUGCUGAAAGCCACCAAAAUCUUGUAUGCAAAGGAAAUUGCUCGUUAGUUUGUCAUUAAAGUGCCAUAUCCAGAGGAAACCACCACUAGUUUGUUGCUGAUUUAUAUUCUACAAACAAGAGUAGAAAACAAUUGCUGGAACAUGGUAAGUUGCGGGUUGCAAUAACUAUCUACUCUAAUAGAGGAGCUCCAGCUGGACAAAGCAACUACUCAAAGCUUUACUGCAGAACCUUCCAAAAUAAAACUCCGAAGAAGCCCAACUUCACCAGUGGUGCUUAUGAUUAUAAUAUUUGAAAUUGAUCCGAGGGAAAAAGAGGUUAUAAUAGCAUGCUCACUUUGCUUAGUCCUAGGACAUUGGUGAGAGGAAGAUCAAGUUGAGGAGAAUCGAGUAAGCGUAAGAUGGAUAUAGAGAUGGAGAUGAUGAGGAUAAAGUUUAUUUUGUUAUUACUGAGGACUGAAAUAUAUGAAUAUUCAAAGGUCAUUGGAAACUCCCAGUUUGUCUUGCUACCUUUUCAACCAUACAAGCUUGUAUAUGCUUACAUGCUAGUUGAAGUUGGAAAAGUAUCUGAUUCCCUAAGGUAUUGUCAAGCAUCCAUGAAGAUUCUCAAAAAUUCUAGCCGUACUCCAGAGGUAGAGUUGUGGAAGGCAUUGUUCGCAUCUUUGGAGGAGAGAUUGCGAGCCCACCAGCAGGGAGGAUAUGGUGCAAACUUGGCCCCAACCAAACUUGUGGGUAAAUUGUUCAACUCCAUUGACCGUUCCAUUCAUCGCAUGAUUGGUUUACCACCGAUACAAAACAGUGCGGACGGUAGAGAGAUUAAUUCUCUAGUCCAAAAAGUAUCGAGUAGUCAGUCCGCAAUGGACAUUACAACUUUAAUGCCUUCACCAUCAGUAGAGGCUAUAAGUUAUUGGACAGGUGACGAAAGCAAGAAAGUCGCGCAAAAUAGAAGUAUUUCUGAGCCAAAUUUUGGUAGAAGCACAAAACAGAAUUCAUCAAAGGACAGCAGCUCAUAUGGACAAGGCAGUGCAUCAAUGUCCAAGGGAUCGUCACGCUUUGGACGUUUUGGCUCUCAGCUUCUUCAGAAGACCAUUGGCUGGGUGUCAUGGUCUAGACAUGAUCGUCAGGCUAAACUGGGUGAGAGCAACAAGUUCUAUUAUGAUGAAAAACUCAAAAGAUGGGUGGAGGAAGGUGUUGAGCUUCCAACUGCAGAAGCUUCCUUGCCACCACCUCCAACUGCUGCUUCUUUCCAAAAUGGUAAAUCACAUUAUGAUGUAAAAAAUGCCUUGAUGAGUGAUAUCCAUACGACAGAUCAUAAGCAAGAUAAAAUAGUAGAUGGUCCAUCAGAACAAGGGUUUGGUUUGCCAUCUUUGCCACCUAGCCAAAAUCAGUUCUCGGCACGUAACAGAGAUGGGGUCCGAUCAAGAUAUGUUGAUACUUUCAACAAAGAUGGAGGAUCAUAUGUUGAUACUUUAAACAAAGAUGGAGGAUCUUUUACAAGUACUUUCCAGUCACCUUCUGCUCCAUCUGUAAAGCCUUUUUCUGGUGCCAACUUCUUCAGUCCUUCAGCACCUACAAAACAUGGAGACAAGAAAAAUGAUGCUUCUACGAGAUCAAGCAUCCAUGAAACCACCAUUAUCGAAGAAGCUUCCACUUCUGCCGACCAAGAAUCAUUGUGUUCCCAAUCAUCAAAUCCAUCAUCUUUGUCCAUGCCAAGGUUUCCAAGUAUGGAUAACAUUACCUCAUCACAAAGUUUGCCAAGUUGCAAUGGCUCUCUCUCCCGGGCACGAGCAUCAUCAUGGAGUGGAGCCUACCCAGACAAUGCCAAUAAAGCAGUUGGAAUGGAGAUGCAUUCCUUUGUUGUUACAGGUGAUUCUGUGUUGGAUGACCUCCAUGAGGUUGAGCUCUGAAGGGUUUGUAAUCAAAUCAAAGCAGUGAUGGCAAUGCAAGGCAACAUAUGCUUUGAACAGUGUUUGAUGCUUUUGUGUGAGGGUUAAGAAGUUCAUGUUCAGUUCCUCACAAUGAGCUCCCAGAUUUGAAGUAGGUGCGUGCCCAUGUAACGUGAAAACAUCUGAGCGCCUUUUGUACAAAGAAUUUGUUGAUUUUAUUCUAAACUGGAUAAUCCCAUAUUGCAAAGAAAUAGUGGGAUUUAGCCGUUGGGAAGAAGAAAUUGGUAUUAAGCUGGAGUAUUGAAUUGAUAGCCAUAUAUAUUUCUUAGUGGCCAUUUGCGUGACUAUUUUAACUGAGGUUUCAAGCAGUUAACUCGUCUUGACAGAUUUAGUAGUGGGAAGAAGUAGAAAGUGUAAAGUAAAUUUCUCGGUCAUUUGUUUUAUUAUUCUUUUUGGUAGGACUGCGUUGUCCUUCUGAUGUAAAUAGUACACAAUGUCCAGCAGUUUAUCUAUGCAGUUUAUCUUAUAGUGGUGGG